AUGUCAACUUCAUCGGAUGUGCUUACUCCGAUCGGUAUCAUUGACGCUCCUGCAAGCGAUGGAGAGGCGCAAGCGUCACACGCGGAGGAACUGAAUGUGGUGUCACGUGAAACUGCAGGUGAGAUUUUAGCUCCCGGUGGAACGGAAGAGCAACAACUUGUAAAUCUUCCGGCACCUAUGACAAAUAAGCUCUUCGCUCCCGCUGGACUGCAAAUGAGUACAACGUUGAAUAGUGAUAAUGCCACAGAACAGCAAGCGGGUUGGCCGCCAAAAGAUGCUGUCGCAGCUUCAUCCCUUAUUGAAAAAGACAGAAUGGAACAUAAAGCAGACCCGAAGCCAUUAAAUCGGUCUCCAAUUAGUAUGAUGAAUCGACCGCGAGGAGUAAGUCUGGAUCAGGUAAUCAAUACUGAUCAACUAAGUCGAACUGCCAUAAGAUCAUUACAAGCGCCUCUUCCCAUACAAUCCACAAGUCAAAAAACUCCCGGCAUUGAAGAACAAGGAAGGCAACCCUCAUUCAAGACAUUGCCACCUAUCCGAAGGACAUCCAAGUUUGGUUUCGAGUUUGGAUCGAGAAAACCUCAAACCAGAUUUCCCAUAUCCGAUGAUGACGAUGACGAUGUUUCGAACGGUUAUAUGCAAGAUGUAGCCAAUUCGAAUACAAUGGUAGGUACUAGUGAUCCUACUUCACAGCAAAAUGCUCGUACGGAUGUUUCUAUUGUGAACAAGGCUCCAGUCUCGAAACCGAAUGUUCAUACCAACACACAGCCUCGGUUCUCAGUUUUUCCUCGUGUCGCCGAUCCAUUUGUUCAUAAAAACCAUGGGCAUGAUGUAGAGCGAUCGAAUCCAGCCAUGGGACAUACUCGUCAAAAUUCAUGGAACAGUCUCUCCAAAAUUUCUCGAUCUAGGCGAGGUUCUGUCUCUGAUCAGCGUCGUGAUAGCAAUGUACCACCACCAAUGAUACCAGCUUUACCAUUUGAGUCGCCUCCUUCUUCCACUCAGCGCUACCCCGAAUUGUUUGGAGGACCGGCUAUUGAAGUCCAAGAUGACCAUAAUAUGCCUGGCGGAUAUUAUCAAGCACCUAGAGGUCGGACUGAAGCCUUACCUCCACGUCAGCCAAGCAGCGAAAUCUCAGGAGCGAGGCCUUCUCAAAACAAUGAAGAGCCUGUUGGUCAUCGAAGACGACGUAGCUCAGAUCUCGUCAGCCGAGGUAUGAACUUUGUUCGCUCCCUCUCAAGAGAGCGAAGAGGUUCUGUGUCAAGAGAGCGAAAAGGUUCUAUAUCAAGAGAUGGGGAAAUACCUCCCAUGGAUACUUUUGCCACUCCUACUUCGCGUGAUGGUAGGCAGAAAAAGAGAGGGUCUGGUUUCUGGGGUAAUUUUGACAUUACUGGGGAACAGUCAUCAGACUUCCCUGUUGGAAGAGAGAGCAUGAUGGCGCAUUAUUCUGGUAGUCAGUCCAAUCUGAUGGCGAGUCCCCGCGAGAGCCCCAUGACCCCAAAAUCUCCCAACCCGAAUCCUACAUUGGAGACACCGAAUUCUAACAUAGUUGGUCGCUCCACAACUACAAUGGGCAAAACACUGCAGAGGGAUGACAAAAGGGGUCGAUUGGCUGGGUUAAGUGGUCUCUUCUCACGUUCUCCUAAGGGCGAUGGAUCAGUGCUUUUCAAGCCAAAAAGAGCCACGACAGAUCUUUCAAGUUUUAGUCCCCGUGGUGGCACUCUUUCUUCUCCCCAACUAGAAGCUCAAACUAGGCAGGAUGCCAAUGUACACCACAAACGAAGACCAAGUCAACCGUUGAAUUUUCUGUCUAAAUUCGCCCCUUCUCCCUCUCUUCAGAAAACUGAGAACCCAAGUCAGGAUAGUAAGCUAUAUCAGGAACCCCGCCCGAGGCGCCCUUCAGUGAGUGGACUAUUGACCGGUAUGCUUAGAAAAAGAUCGAACACGCUAGAAAAAGAUAAUGCUAAAAGUGAAGACGAUGGAAGAAGGCCCAUGAUUGUUCCUGUGGCUAGAAUGUACACAGACCUUGCCAUGGAAUCUCAUGAGGCUUUACCCGAUCCUGUUGCCACGCCUACGCAACGAUUAAAGAAGACAGACCAAGAGCGUGGACGGACUCGUAACUCUACUCGGUCGCCUGCCCGUGAACACCCAGGCCAGCAACGACCUUUCCAGCUUGCACUACCAUAUGGCAGUAAUGGAAAUAGUCGAUCUAGUCGCUCAUCUACGCCACCUAUUCCUCCUCCCAAUGAUGGUGCUGUAGCUGCGUGGGGUCAAACAUCAGUACUAUUACCUGCGGAUGAAAUUUUACCGACUAAUGAAAAUAUCGAUAUUGAUCGCUUUCCAUUGCCGCCCUCCCCACAAAAUAACCCAGAGUGGCACAGAAAUAGAAAUCUUUCGGCAUCUUCUGAUAAUGGUUUGCAACGAACUAGCACGGGAAGGAGUCUAGUCAGUGCUGUGUCGCAGAUUUCUGACUCUCCGUCCCCACAGCCGCAAGCAGAGCAUGCGAUGGAGCAUUUUUUACAUGUGGAGGCGGACAAUCAUGUGAAGCGACAAAGUGGAGGUUCGUAUAACGCGAGUACAAAAUCGGCGAGGGAAGAUGUGAAUAUGGCUGAGAAGUACGCAGAGAGGAAGGAUGAUAAGCAGAUUGAGAGAAGUGGUAGUAAUCGCAUUGGUGAUACAGCUGAACGUGAGAUUGGCGAGAUGGCUGGCAAUAAAGGUGCCACAUACAAAAAUGCACAUACAAGAGAGGAAAGAUUACAAAUGUCUGCAACGAGUUAUCCCGAGAGAGGGUGGAAGGUGGAAGGGAUGGUGGAAGGUGGAAGGUGGAAGGAAUGGUGGAAGGUGGGAGGAAUGGCGAGGAUAUUGUUUUCUUAUUUUUUUUUGGAUCUUUUACUGUACGGAUUGCGGUAUAAUAUAAUCUUACAAGCUUUUAUAUCUCUCUCCUCGCGUCGUCAUGAUUGUGAUCGUGAGGGUGAUGGUGAUGGUGCAAAAGAGAUGUUUAGUUUAGUUUGGUUUGAUAAUAUCUUGAAAAUAAAGAUGUUGGAAGAGAACUAUAGUGGUUUCGGAGUGGAUGAUGAAGGCUGGAUAUGCGUUAUUCUUUCUGCAAAGUUUCAGAUUUUCUCUUUUUUGAAAAAAAGGGAGAAUGCCGGUUGA